GGAGCAGACAUCACGAGCAACCGAUUACAUUCACAUAGUAUUUGUUCUCGGGAAACUUCUUGAAUGAAAUGGCUUGUUUAAUCAGUGAAGCGGAAAUCUCCCUAUCUAGCCUUUACCGUUAGUGACUAAAUGUGAAAAGGUCUCCUCAGAACUUUUAGUUUUUCGACUGCUAUCUCGUAGAUAGUCGAUUUCAUAUCAAUGGAAGAUUAUAAGUAUCUAUUCAAAGUUGUUUUGAUUGGAAAUGCUGGAGUUGGGAAAACUUGUUUGGUCAGAAGGUUCACUCAGGGAAUAUUUCCUCCUGGGCAGGGAGCCACAAUUGGAGUUGAUUUCAUGAUCAAAACAGUUGAAAUUGAUGGACUUAAAAUUAAGCUGCAGAUCUGGGACACGGCUGGGCAAGAGCGCUUUAGAUCGAUAACCCAAAGCUACUACAGAUCGGCUCAUGCACUUAUUCUCGUGUAUGACGUAAGUGCUCAACCAACUUUUGACUGUCUGCCAGUCUGGUUAAGAGAGGUCGAAGAAUAUGCAAGCCCCAAAGUUCUCAGAGUCCUAGUUGGUAACAAAGUCGAUCGUGAUGAUCGAGAAAUUCCGCCAGCAGUUGGAGAGGCGUUUUCACGAAUGAAUAACAUGUACUUCAUCGAAACUUCAGCAAAGGAUUGCAGCAACGUUGACAAACUCUUUCAGGAAAUAGCCAGAGAACUUAUCCAGACAAUGCGAAAUCAACGCCAGGAAACUAGUCAGGACGCCAACUCCAAUGAUGGACCCAUUGGUCAACAGGAGACAACUCACCUUGAUGGCGCUUCCGAAAAGUCAUGGUCAGAAUCCAAUUGCUGCAAGUCUUGAUCUUCCGGUAUAAUGAUCUCUGAAUAGCUUUAAUUCCGUGCGAUGUUGUGUUUGGUGAUGAUCCCCUAUUCAUAUAACUAUCCUUAAAAAAAAAACCCUAAUGUAUUCAGUAUUUUGACCCCGGCCUAUUGGCAUUGUUUGAUGUUUUUAUUGUCUCGUCUUUCAGUUAAAAAACUGAACGUGAAAUGGUUUUGAUCCGAGGUUUCGUAAUCUCAAUAAUAUUCUUGUCCUGUUAAACGUACAUUACAUUAAGUCCUAGUGAUGUGUGUAAAUUGUAAAUAUCCUUUAACCAAUAUGAUCUGCUUAUUACUGUAUGUCUUACCUAUUAUAAUCGGAACACAAGUUGUAUGUUGGUUUCGUGAGUUUGGAUCACAAGAAAAUAUAUCCAUUCCUGGUGAACUUACCUAGUUAUAAAAUCCUUAUGCAAAGAAAUUAGAAGUUUUACAUAGAUAAAACGUAAGUGAAAUCAAUGAACUCCUCGUCAACACAAUCGUCAAUGAUCCGAUUACAUGUAAUGAUUUCGAAACCAAGCCGCCCGAUCGCGCUACAAUAAUAUUUCAUACACAUGGGGAUGGACUAGCAUUUCGCCGUUACGAAAAAAAAAAAAAAAAGUUAUUACACGAACGACAC